AUGGCACUUGCUGUACCUGUGACACUAAAGACUACUGAGGAGGGUCAGAAUGAAAGACUUGAUUACGCCGUGUCAGCUAUGCAAGGACACCGUGAAAAUAUGGAGGAUGCUCAUGCAAUUGUCUUAAAUCUUGAUGCUGCAACUGGCACAUCAUUCUUUGGUGUUUAUGAUGGCCAUGGAGGACCUGCUGUUUCAAAGUAUUGUGCGAGACACUUACACAUUGAGCUUCGCAGACAUGAAAGAUUUCGUGAUAAUCUCCAAAUUGCAAUUGAGAGAACGUUCUUAAGGAUGGAUGAGAUGAUGAAAGACAGGAGCGCAGGGAGGGAAUUAUCUGGGUAUGGUGGUAAUGACAAUUGGAAAGCAUAUAGAAAGGCUAUGCGCACGAGUCUAUUUCUACCCUUCUGUCAGAAGCCUGCCUAUCCGGGGCCAGAAAAUGAUGGAUGUACCGCGUGUGUGGUUCUCAUUAGAGGCAACCAAAUCAUUGUGGGAAAUGCUGGUGAUUCUCGCUGUGUACUCUCAAGGAAUAAUCUGGCGAUUGAUCUAUCCAACGACUUUAAACCAAACCUUCCAGCUGAAAGACAAAGAAUAGAAACUGCAGGACAUGAGGUAACUUUUAGUGAGAGAGGAAAUGUGCAUCGUAUUGAUGAUGGAAUUGCGAUUUCAAGAUCACUUGGUGACCUGCUGUACAAGGAUAACAAUAAUUUAGGUCCCGAACAACAAGCAAUUACUGCCUUUCCUGAAGUUCGCACUGAAGAGAUAACUCAAGAUGACCAGUUUCUUAUCAUAGCAUGUGAUGGAAUCUGGGAUUGCUUAACAAGCCAGCAAGCAGUUGAUUUUAUAAGGAUAUACUUAAAUGCUGACGUAGGGCUGGCGUUCAUCUGCGAGGCCCUCCUUGGACACUGCCUGGCACAACCUAGAGGGUGGGACAACAUGACUGUCGUACUGGUUCGGUUCAAGACGCCAGGCUCUUGCCAAGUUAGGGGCCGCAACGCACUGCCACGGCCGAUCAACCAAGCUGCCGCCGCCCAAGCUGCUGCGGAACAAGCUGCUGCGGAACGAGCUGCUGCGGAACGAGCUGCUGCCGCCCAAGCUGCUGCGGAACGAGCUGCUGCGGAACAAGCUGCUGCAGAACGAGCUGCUGCGGACCGAACUGCUGCCGCCCGAGUGCCCCCACCCCCAGCAAUCCGGGCGGCCACCAGUACUUCCGCACCGUCCACCCCCAGCUUCCCAGGCGCACCCAAGACCAAAAGCCCCGAGAGCUCCAAGAGUUCAGAGCUUUGA